AUGGCGGCCAUCACGGCGCUGCUGCCGACGCACCCGGUGGUGACCAUCGACACGGAGUUCCCGGGCACGGUGUACGACUCGGCCACGCCGCGCAAACUGCGGAGCCCGAAGGAGGCCUACGCGCUCGUCAGGCGCAACGUGGACCGCCUGAAGCACCUGCUGCAGCUCGGCCUCACCCUCUCCGGGCCCAGGGGCAGCCACCCGGUGGUGUGGCAGUUCAACUUCCGGGGCUUCGACGAGAGGCGCGACCCGCACGCGCCGGAGUCCAUCGCCAUGCUCAAGGCCCACGGCAUGGACUUCGCCAGGCUCCGCGAGGACGGCAUCGACCCGGGCGACUUCACCGACGAGUUCAUGCGCUCCGGCCUCAACCACCGCCGCCCGCGCCGGGGCAGAAGCGCCCCCGAGCCCCUCACGUGGGUGGCCUUCUCGGGCUCCUACGACUUCGGCUACCUCGCCAGGAUGCUUUACCAACGAGGCAAGAAAGGCUUGCCGCAGAAGCUCGAGGACUUCGGAAGGCGCGUGGAGAACCUCUUCGGCCCGUGGGUGCUCGACGCCAAGUACAUUGCCAAGACCUGCCGCUUGGACGGUGGCCUGGAGACGGUGGCCAACGACCUCGGCGUCCAGCGCCGCGCCGGCGUCGCCCACAACGCCGGCUCCGACAGCCUUCUCACCGCCGACGUGAUGCUCGCCAUUGUGUUGCGCCUCGAGGCCCCCCCCAACCCCGACUACGAAGUGCGCGAGAAACACGCCGGAAAGAUCGACGGGCUCGUCUAA